UGCUUGAUAUCAAAGAAAUAAUCGAGAAGAAAAAAAAAAUCACAUUAUGAAAUUGAUGGGCCUCGACAUAGAAGCCCACGUAUCCGAUAAGAGCAAUGACCAAGAAAGAUAUCGAUGCUUACGUGUCGUUUUGUCGUUGUGGGGUUGCCAAAAACAGGAGUCGCUGGCUCCUGCAGCUGCAUGGUCGUUUUGAAAAGCACUGGAGGAGAGACAAAGGGUCAAAUUGGAGAGAGAGAGAAAUGGAGUGGAGUUUCGUGGCGGUGAUACUGGCGGUGGCGCUUGUUUGUCCGAGGGCAAGUUCGAUCGGAGCGAACUGGGGCACACAGGCGUCGCACCCUCUUCCGCCGGACAUAGUGGUGCGUAUGCUGAGAGAGAAUGGUAUUCAGAAAGUGAAGCUCUUCGACGCCGAGUACGAUACUCUCAGGGCUCUAGGCAAGUCCAGAAUCGAAGUUAUGGUUGGUAUCCCCAACGAGAUGCUUUCCACUCUCGCCUCCAGCCUCAAAGCCGCUGAGAAAUGGGUUUCUAAAAAUGUCUCUACUCACAUCAAUACCGAUAACGUCAACAUCAGAUACGUAGCUGUAGGCAAUGAACCGUUCUUGUCGACUUACAACGGGAGCUAUCUCAACACAACUUUGCCUGCGAUGAGGAACAUCCAAAUCGCGCUUAUAAAAGCGGGUCUUCAGAACCAAGUGAAGGUCACUUGUCCCUUAAACGCUGAUGUCUACAACAGCUCCACCACCUUACCUUCCGGAGGCGACUUCAGAGCCGACAUCCGUGAUCUCAUGAUCACUAUCGUCAAGUUCCUCGUCGACAACGGCGGCCCAUUCACUGUCAACAUCUAUCCAUUCAUCAGCCUCUACAACGACGCCAAUUUUCCGGUCGACUACGCCUUCUUUGACGGCGUCUCGCAGCCGGUGAGCGACGGUGGAACAUUCUACUACAACAUGUUCGACGCAAACUACGACACUCUUGCGCACGCCCUAGAGAAGAAUGGGUUUGGAAACAUGGCUAUCGUAGUCGGUGAGAUCGGAUGGCCUACGGAUGGGGACAGGAAUGCUAACGUGGAGUACGCUAGGAAGUUCAACCAGGGCUUCAUGGCUCGUAUUGCAGGAGGGAAAGGGACGCCGAGAAGGCCUGGUCCUAUAGAUGCGUAUCUCUUCAGCUUGAUAGACGAGGACGCUAAAAGCGUUCAGCCUGGUUACUUCGAGAGACACUGGGGGAUAUUCACUUUCGACGGGUUGCCUAAAUACGCAUUAAACCUGGGGACAACCAACACCGGAGCUUUGAUCCAGGCCAAAGGUGUGAGGUAUCUGCAGAGGAAGUGGUGUGUGAUGAAGCCAAACGUGAGGUUGGACAAUCCUCAGGUGGGGCCGAGUGUGAGCUACGCGUGUAGCUUAGGGGAUUGCACUAGUCUUGGGGUUGGGACUUCGUGUGGGGAUCUUGAUGGGAAGGAGAACAUAUCUUAUGCGUUCAACAGUUACUAUCAGAUAAACGACCAGCUUGAUACAGCGUGUAAGUUUCCAAACAUAUCAGAGGUGACAAAGACGGAUCCAUCAACGGGAACCUGCAGGUUUCCGAUUAUGAUAGAGCCUUAUUACGGUGGUGCUGCACAUGAACAAGUGUUCUUCUUGCCAUUGGUGAUGGCUGCAGCCAUCACCAUGAUCUCUAUUUUUUGAUGGUUUCUUGUAAAUUUGUACCUCUAUGUGUGAUUAUUAAAAAGAUAGUUUUUCAGAGCUUGCUAACUUGUCUCUAUAUCGAAAAUCUUAGAUUGGUUUUAAA